AUGGCCUUCUUUUUCUUGCUUUGCUUAGUGCUGGGCGUCUUCUCCACGAUCAUCAAUUCGAUCCCAACCAUCUCGGUUACUGGGGCCAAGUUCUUCACCAGCGAGGGCAAGCAGUUCUUUAUCAAAGGUGUUGCAUAUCAGCUGAUCGAAGACGACCCGCUUGUUGAUGUUGACCAAUGCGAGCGCGAUGCCACCCUAAUGCAAGAGCUUGGGGCCAAUACUAUCCGUGUCUAUCAUAUCAAUGAGACUGCCGACCAUUCUGGAUGCAUGAACGCCUUCGCCUCUCGAGGCAUCUACCUCUUCGUGGACCUGGACAGCUUCAAGACCUAUAUUAGCUAUAGCGGUCAGCCAUCCUGGACAGAGGAGAAAGCUGCCUCCUAUCGAGCCGUGAUGGACAACUUUCAACAAUACGAUAACACAGCCGAGACGGACUCCCCAGCAGCUCCCUACCUACUCGCUGCUGCGGCCGAUAUGACGAAGUAUCGUAAGGCAAAGGGCUACCGCGAUAUUCCCGUAGGCUACUCCGCGACAGACACAGGUGCUCUCCGCCCAAUGCUUCAAGAUUACGUUGCCUGCCGUCCUGAUGAGACUGAGCGGUUGGAUUUCUAUUCCGUGAACACUUACUCCUGGUGCGGCGCCGCGACCGAAUACCAGACCUCAGGCUAUCCAGCUCUGCAAGCACUGAGCCAGGACUAUCCAAUCCCGCUCUGGAUGUCCGAGGAUGGCUGCAAUACUGCUCCUCCGCGCGAUUUCAAGGAUCAGAACGCUGUAUUUGGCCCGGACAUGAUCGAUACAUGGUCAGGAGCCAUGAUCUACGAGUGGAUCCAAGAAAUGAAUCACUACGGUCUGGUCAGCUAUGGAGCGCAGCAAGCACCUGACGUGACGGAUGGAACGCGCAUUGUCAAUGGAUUCACCAGAGAAGGUCAGCCAGUACCUGUGCAGCCAGACUUCGACAAUCUGAAGCAAGUGUGGGCCACAAUCUCGCCAACUGGAGUCGAAUCGGCUGCUUAUGCGGCCACCUUUUCCGCCAAGCUGCCUCAAUGUCCAGACUACACUGCCGACGGAUGGAAGGUCGAUGCUGCUGCUGCCUUGCCAACCUUGGGUGCUCAGGGAGUCAGCUCAGGUAUGGCCAGUGGCGUCCCAUCAGGCAGUAUUACAGUUACCGGUAUCACUAAUCCGAGUGCAGCACCCACAAAUGGCACAGGAGCGGGAGAAUCUGGUGUCAACGGCACGGCGACGCCAUCCUCAACAUCGACUGCUGGCGCACAAUCAGGAGCUCAAGGAAACGCCAUGAUCGGCGGCAACUAUGGCCUAUUUGGUGUGCUCGCAGCUGCGCUGGCCAUGGGUGCAUCCUUUGUGUUCUUCAUCUGA